AUGGCCGAUGUGACUCUUCCUCCGUCUGAUUCCGUCGAUAACCGAGUCCCUGAGAAAUCGACCUCUUCCUCACCACCUCCUCCACCGCCUUCUUCCUCUCUGCCGCAACAAGAGCAGGAACAUGAACAGCAACAACCUCCACUACGCCGUGAGAGAGAUUCAAAAGAGCGGCGUGACGACAGAGACCUCGAACGUCCGCCUAAUCGCCGUGACCGUGACCGUUCGCCUCUCCCACCGCCUCGUAGGGAUUACAAGAGACGUCCUAGCUUGAGUCCUCCGCCUCCGUACAGAGAUAGGCGGCACUCUCCUCCUCCCAUGCGCCGCUCACCUCCUCAUAAGCGUUAUCGGAGGGAUGAUAAUGGCUAUGAUGCUCGCCGUGGCAGUCCUCGUGGUGGCUAUGGGCCUCCCGAUAGAAGAUUUGGAUAUGAAUAUGGUGGAGGAUAUGAUCGUGAAAUUGGUGGGAGACCUAAUUAUGGUGAUGAAAGGCCUCACGGCCGCUUUAUGGGUCGCCAUCAGGAAUGGGAGGGAGGACGUGGAGGGUAUGGUGAUGCUUCCAACAGCGGAAAUACUCAAAGGGACGGAUUGAUGUCAUACAAACAAUUUAUUCAGGAGUUGGAAGAUGAUAUAUUGCCAUCUGAAGCUGAACGCAGAUAUCAAGAGUACAAGUCAGAGUAUAUCACAACACAGAAACGUGCCUAUUUUAACACCCACAAAGAAGAAGAAUGGUUGAAAAAUAAGUAUCAUCCAACAAAUUUACUCUCUGUCAUAGAAAGGAGGAAUGACCUUGCACGAAAAGUAGCAAAGGAUUUCUUACUUGAUUUGCAGAGCGGGGCGCUAGAUUUGUAA